UUGUGGAAACCGUGGGGCUGCACAUCAUAUGCAGCGUAAAUCGCUUGGUGGAGAGGGAAAUGGAAAAGGAACUUGUAGGUGAUCUGGUAGGGCCGCGAAUGGCCGGCUUGGAGAGGAUGCUUGAUGAAUCUCCAGCAACUGCAGCGAAGCGUGAACGACUCCGGAAGAGUAUUGAGCUGCUCAAGGAAUCCAAGGAGGUCGUCGCUGUGAUCAUGGAUCGUGUGGUGACUACCAUUAAGUAAGGUUCUUUUUAUCUUUUUUCCUCCGACGGUUGGUACUUACUUGGUAGGGGUGUUUGAUAUUCGGAGUCGCUCUCUCGUGUGUUUCCCCUGCUUGGGUCUUUAAUUAUUGCUAUGUAUCUGUCAGUAAUGGUUUGAUAAGUAAAAUAAACUUUAGCUAA